AAACAAGGCGGGGGGGAGGGAGAAUUCUCCUUUACUAAAUUGGGGGAUUUUCUCAUUUUCCAACCGUGAUGUUAUUUUUAGCACACGGCAUUAAGUAUCGAACAAAUAAAAUCUCGUUCCUAAUAAAAGUUAUUAUUUUGAAAAUGUGUAUUUCCGGCUAUUGUUUAUGCGAAAGAUCUCAGGAACUUGUCAAUUACUUUGUUCCGUUGAAUUAGCAGAAAUAAUAUGUGUAGUCCUGCCAAUAAUGGAAGAAUAGUGGAAAUGUAAUUAACUUUUGACGCAUAGUAAUCCCAUUCAUGCAAUGCAAGAGAACCUUCACAAAGCUUUGACUAUAUGUGAAAUGCUUCCAUGAAAUGUUUGAUUUUAUCCUCCUGCCAUUUGCUUGCUCCUUUUCAACUUCUCCCUGUAGAGAAAAUACUAUUGGUGGGGUACAAUAUAUAUGGCUGUUUACCUCGCCCACACCCAAUUGCACAAUUUUGUCCAGAUAAAAUUCCACUGUUGAAGAAUGGAUGUAAAAAUGAUAAUAAUUGAAAAGUUUUAGAUAAGGAAAUAAAAUCGCCUUGCAGGAAUAAUGUAUGACUUACAAAUGUUGCAUACAUAACGGUUUAAUAUAAUACUUCUAGCAUUAUAAACCUAUUGGAUAUACUACGUAUGUAGUUCCUAAUCAUACUAUUUCAGUUAUAUAUGGCUCUCCCAUAGUUUGCUAAGAGCAGAGCAAUCACGGAGGAAUAUCUCCGUGAGCAAUAUCUUUUUUUUUAGUGGGUAAAUUUUUUCUAAUCUGGUGCAAUUCUCCCAUAUUUUUUUUUGUUUGUUUCUUUUAGUUUGUUUGUUUGGCCAACUGUUGAGAUUUCUUUUUUUUUUUUUUCUGUUGCGCUGUUAAGGUUUUCCCAAUUGUACUCUAUCAGCAUCAUCACCUUUUCCGUUACCUUAGGUCAAUAGACAACCAAUAAAUACGACGUAAUAUUUGUCCCGUAUUCAAGUAAUACUCAACUUUUGCACUUGUAUACUUCAAUAGCUACUUGUCAUACACCUUUUUUUUGUACAUAUACUACCUGUCAUUUACAACUAUUCCCAUAUCAAACCCACAACCAUUCGCUCCAACCAGCACCUAACAACAGACCAAUACUUCAAACAUCUUUUUUCAACCAUCUAGUUAAUAGUCAAUAUCGCAUAUUGUUGACUUCACCCAUUCAUUUAAUAUAUUUUAUUUUAUUUUUUUUUGCAUAGAUGUCGGUAAGAGCCCGUAAGAUAGCUGUCGUUGGAUCCCGUUCAGUGGGAAAGUCAUCCAUGACUGUUCGAUUCGUGGAGGACCAUUUCGUGGAAUCAUACUACCCUACUAUUGAGAAUCAGUUUAGUAAAAAUAUCAAAUACAAUAAUCAAGAUUAUGCCAUUGAAAUCUUGGACACUGCGGGACAGGACGAAUUUAGUAUUAUGAAUGAAAAACAUCUUGUGGGAAUACAUGGAUAUUUGUUAGUAUAUUCCGUUACUUCCAGACAGUCAUUUGAGCUUAUUGAGUUUAUAAGGGAUAAAAUUUUGAAUUCGAUUGGUAAUGAGGAUUUACCUAUGAUUUUAGUGGGAAAUAAAUGCGAUUUGAACUUACAAAGACAAGUGGAUACAAAAGAAGGACAACAGUUGGCUCAUAAAUUCAAAUGUAAGUUUGUUGAAACUUCAGUCAAAGAUAAUGUCAAUGUAAAUAUUGCAUUCGAAGGGUUGAUUGAUGAUAUUGAAAGGAUACAGAAUCCAAUAAUCAAGAAGAAUGAUAAAUGUAUAAUAAUGUGAACCGAAAGAAGAAGGAUUUCGAGGCAUUACAGAACUAACCUCUAUUUAAUAGAAUAUAAUCUGGGUUGAAAAAGUUAUUUUUUUUUUAGCCACAUAAUACCUUAAUAUAUAACUACUAACAAGU